AUGGACCUCUUCCGUGUUCGGCUGAACUGCAUCGACCACUACCAGGCGACGCCGACGCAUUACGAUCCCCAAUUACGGAAUGAUGUCGGUCCUGCACAGGCGAAGAAGGGCCCCAAGGUUCCAGUCGUGAGGAUUUUUGGAUCGACAGAGACGGGACAGAAAGUUUGCGCUCAUAUCCAUGGCGCCUUCCCAUACGUCUACGUCGAGUAUCGCGGCAGCUUAGAGCCCGAAGAUGUGGGCGCAUACAUCUAUCGACUUCAUCUUUCCAUUGAUCAUGCCUUGGCUGUCAGCUAUCGACGUGAUCAAUUCGGAGAAAAUGCAAAGUUCGUCGCCCGCAUCACCCUUGUCAAAGGGGUGCCGUUCUACGGCUUUCACGUUGGAUACCGCUUCUUCCUGAAGAUCUACAUGUUCAAUCCUAUCGUCAUGACAAGAUUGUCCGACUUGCUUCAACAAGGCGUCAUUCUCAAGCAGAAGUUUCAACCCUACGAAGCCCAUCUCCAGUACCUACUACAGUUCAUGACCGACUACAAUCUGUACGGGUGUGGCUACUUGGAUGUAUCUGAUGUAUACUUCAGAGACCCUAUCCCUUCGUUUGAGAAAGAAGGAAACUCCCAACACCUCUGGCAUGAUCGGACGAUUCCCAAGACUCGAGUCCUCGAUGGCUUGACUCUACCGAGGGUCAGUCACUGCUCCAUCGAGGUAGACAUUUGCGUCCAACACAUCACCAACCGACGAAUGGUGAAGGAGCGCCGGCUCCACCACGACUUUGUUGAGCGUCUUAAACCACUCCCAGAAGAUUUCAAGCUUGUUUACAGUAUGGCUGGCCUGUGGAAGGACGAGACUCGUCGCCGCAAGUUGAAAAUGCCAAAUGCAGAUCCAGGAAGCAGCCCCUUUCCUGCAGAAGUUUUGGUGUCAAUGUCUGCAAAUAAGCGCGACUCGCAACCGCAAGGGUGGAUUCACGAGGAAGAGUACAAAGAAGAAGUCGCAAAGCUCAUCGAAAGCGAAAAGGGGUUGGAAGAGUCCGCGCCGCCGAGCUUUGAGACCUUUGUGGACCAUUCGCCGCUGGAGGCUGCCGUGAAGACUGCACUCCAGUCAGUAGAGGAUUUAUAUCCAUCCAACCUUUUGCCGGCCCUCGGAUUACCGUCAAAUCAUGUACCAACAAACAAGAAUCCGGCCAGCAGUAUUGAGGUUGACGAGCAAGGCGUACUCAAUCUCGGAGUUGAUGAUUACGACCCUUAUCCAGCCGAUUCUGACGAAGAGGCUCUUAUUCAAAUGGGCGAGCCGAUGACGAGGCAGGACGGUCAAAUUAAAGGCCCUGGCAUCAAGGGAAGGCCAUCUGUCACUAGUGAUACUGGAUCCAGAAGCGAACCUGCCGCUGUCGACCCGACAAUCAAGAUCAUCAACGGGCUGGGGAUGCAAUACGAAGGCGUCUGUGCCAGCAGGUUGAAGACCGGCAACCCACCAGUGGUGCCGGUUUGGGACGAUCUGCUCGAUAUGGCUGAACAAGAAGGGCUCGUGUCCAAACUCAGCGAGCCAUCAAUCUUAGGUCAUUGCCGCACGGAAUCGGUCAAGCGAUCUAUAUCUCCACAUGCGACAGUGUCUUCUAACAAACGCCCAAGAACCGAGCUUCCAGUAUCUCCCGUGUCCAAUACGGUGACGCCCAAACGGUCGCUCAAAGGCAUCCUAAGCAAUAGCCCAGCUUCCGAGAAGCAUCAGGUCACGAUGUUGCCCCCAAAUUCUCAAGACAAGCCACGAUCAUCUCAGAAUGCAGGCUCCAAGUCCGCGGCCAACCACUUGUUGGGUUUUCCAGUGGUCAAAAGCCAGGAGGACCCGGGCACGAAGCUUCGAUUGAGUCAGAUGAGCCAGCCCCGAGCUUCGCAACAAGCUGAAAAGGAUUCCCAAAAACAUGUUUCCUUCAGUCUAGCGCCCGAAGAGACACGAAGCAAGCCCAUACCGAUUACUCCAGCAAAGAAGGUUCGAAUCGCUACUCCAGAAACCGACUCAACAGGGACCGAAACAGGAACGGAAACAAUGCUCCAUCGGAUUCAGACAGCGGUCGGAUCCUUCUCCGCAAAGCGUCAGUGUGUGAUUGGAGUCCUGCCACCGGCUCCCAAACUUAUCACGUCGACAAUGAAGGACUUGCAGAUUCCCGACAUGAUUUACCAAGAUGCCUACUACAGCGAAGAAAAGGACGUCCCGGCUCGUCCCAGAGAGUAUGCCGGCCGAGAAUUCCGGCUCGAGAGCAACACUCUGCCCUAUCUGGCGGAAUUUGACCCAACUGGGACAUCUGCCGCCAGCAUGGGCAUUAAAUCAGACACACCCAUUGAUAAGGCCAAGAACGACGUGCGUUACAACGCCCAAGCAAGCUUGUGUUCAUACCGAAGCUGGGAGAUAGCUCAACCGCCGCCAAGCGUCAAAGAAGUUCAAGAUUGGUGGAACAAGAAGCAUCCCGUACAGAAAGAGCGAAAAAGCGUUAGGGCAAAGAUCACGGGCACCCCUCAAGCUACAAGACGCAACCUCUCCCAGAUUGACGGGCCUACCCCGAAAAACAAGCAUGGCUUCAAGUACUCGCCCAAGAAAAAAUCGACCAGCGUCAAGCAUGAGGCGCAGUACAUGAGUACUAUGGCCCUCGAGGUUCACGUCAACACGAGAGGCAAAUUUGUUCCCAAUCCCGACGAGGAUGAGGUCCAGUGUAUAUUCUGGUCUAUCAAAGCAGAUGGCACCGCCAGCAGCAGUCAGGAAGCUUCAGGGGGUAUAAUUGCUGGUGUUGUUGUCUUAUCGCCAGACGGAUCCCUGGCCCAGAGGAUGCGGCGGUAUGUUUCCGCAGAGGUCAUUGAGGAAUCGUCUGAGCUCGAUGUCAUGGUUCGCAUGGUACAAAUUGUCAGAGACCACGAUCCUGAUAUCCUGACAGGGUAUGAGGUUCAUGGCAGCUCGUGGGGUUAUCUCAUCGAACGAGCCCGAGUAAAGUACGAUUACGACCUAUGUGACGAGUUUUCUCGUAUGAAGAGUAACUCUCACGGCCGCAUCGGAAAAGAAAACGAUCGAUGGGGCUUCAACACAACAUCGACGAUCCGCGUGACUGGCAGACACAUGAUCAACAUUUGGCGAGCCAUGAGGGGAGAAUUAAAUCUGCUUCAGUAUACCAUGGAGAACGUCGUCUGGCACGUUUUGCACCGCCGCAUUCCUCACUACUCCUGGAGAACCCUGACACAGUGGUACAACAGCAGUAGACAGAGGGAUCUCGAUAAGCUGACGCGCUACUAUUUGACACGAACGAGGAUCGACAUUCAGAUAUUGGAGUCAAACGAACUCAUCCCGCGAACAAGUGAGCAGGCCAGACUUUUAGGAGUGGACUUCUUUUCGGUCUUCUCUCGCGGUUCUCAGUUCAAGGUCGAGUCCAUCAUGUUCAGGAUUGCGAAGCCCGAGAACUUCAUGCUAAUUUCCCCCAGUCGGAAGCAAGUCGGCGGCCAAAACGCCCUUGAAUGUCUCCCGCUGGUGAUGGAGCCUCAAAGCGACUUCUACAACAGCCCGCUAUUGGUACUCGACUUUCAGAGUCUGUACCCUAGUGUCAUGAUUGCUUACAACUUAUGCUACUCGACAUUCCUCGGCAGGAUUGUCAAUUGGCGGGGGAUGAACAAGAUGGGCUUCACCGAGUAUCAGAGACACAAGAGGCUGCUGGAGCUCCUCAAGGACCAUAUCAACAUCACACCCAACGGGAUGAUGUACGUCCGGCCUGAGAUUCGGAAAUCUCUCCUGGCAAAGAUGCUUGGCGAGAUUUUGGAGACCAGAGUCAUGGUCAAGAGCGGGAUGAAGCAAGACAAGGACGACAAAACAUUGCAGGCGCUGCUGAAUAACAGGCAGUUGGCGCUGAAGCUUUUGGCCAACGUCACCUACGGAUACACAUCGGCAUCUUUCUCCGGCCGUAUGCCUUGUUCUGAGAUUGCCGACAGUAUAGUUCAGACAGGUCGCGAGACGCUCGAGCGAGCAAUUGCGUUUAUUCAUUCACAGGAGCAAUGGGGCGCGGAGGUCGUCUAUGGCGAUACGGACAGUCUGUUCGUGUACCUCAAGGGCCGGACCAAGGAUCAGGCGUUUGACAUUGGCAACGAGAUUGCCAAAGCCAUCACUGAUAUGAACCCUAGGCCGAUCAAGCUCAAGUUUGAAAAGGUCUAUCACCCGUGUGUUCUCCUGGCGAAGAAGCGCUACGUGGGUUACAAGUACGAAAGCAAGGAUCAAGUCACGCCCGAGUUCGACGCCAAAGGCAUUGAGACGGUGAGGCGUGAUGGCACGCCGGCAGAGCAAAAGAUUGAAGAGAAGGCCCUCAAGCUGCUGUUUGAAACGGCGAACCUCAGCGAGGUCAAGGCCUACUUCCAGAAGCAGUGCGAAAAGAUCAUGCGCGGGUCCGUCUCGGUGCAGGACUUUUGUUACGCGAGGGAGGUGAAGCUCGGCACUUACAGCGAUAAGGGCCCGCCGCCACCGGGGGCGCUCAUCAGCACCAAGAAGAUACUCGAAGACGCACGCGCCGAGCCGCAGUACGGAGAACGAGUGCCGUACGUCGUUAUCACGGGGGCCCCGGGGGCGCGCCUGAUCGACCGGUGCGUAGCGCCCGAGGACCUCCUCAACGACUCGCAUUCGCAGCUGGACGCGGAAUACUACAUCUCCAAGAACCUCAUCCCGCCGCUCGAAAGAAUCUUCAACCUGGUGGGCGCCAACGUGCGGCAGUGGUACGACGAGAUGCCCAAAGUGCAGCGGAUCCGGCGGGUGGACCAGACGCUCGGGGCGGCUGGAGGGCUCGGCAGCAAGAAGACGCUGGAGUCGUACCUCAAGUCGGCGUCGUGCAUCUCGUGCAAUAUCAAGAUGCAGGUGGAGGGCGUGCUGUGCGGCAAGUGCCAGCAGGAUGCUCCCUCGUCGUUAUUCAACCUGCAGACGCGACUCAAGGACGAGGAGAGGAAGUACAUGGACGUGGUGAGGAUCUGCCGGAGCUGCUCGGCCCUACCGGCGGCGGAUGAGGUGCCGUGCGAUAGCAAAGACUGUCCCGUGUUUUACUCGCGGGUCAAGCAGGGCGCGCGGCUCAAGACGGAGAAGAGCGCGCUGGAACCUGUUAUUCGGGAGUUGGUCGCAAAGGCUGGGAGAGCCGCGUUGGAGUGGUGA